UAAAUAAUUAUACUCUGAAUUGCGUUACCGCGGAUUAAUUACGUGUAAUUGCAACGAUGAAUAAGUUUAAUGAGCGAGAUCGCAACCGAUCGGAGACACGGCACCAAAGAUACGUAUCGUCAAGUCGUGGGAAACAAACAUAAAGGAUUAACGAGGAUCGUAUGACAAAGACAAAGAGCAGUUGACCGGAGAACUUGUGUAAAAAAAAAAACAGAAGAAAAAGAAGAACAGUUAUCGUCGAGUGUGAUCGAGGACAAUACUUUUGACUUUCAAACGAUAAUAGACUAGUACGUAUCAGUUUUAACCGGUAGAACAAUCGACCGUUCUAACUUACGACAUCUCUCGUUGUCCGGUAAAUGUAUUCGUGGCGACCGAUGGAAUCAGACAACUGGUUUUUAAUUGGUGACGCGCGUAGCGACGAUUGAACUCUACGAGGUUUGAGAUGAGUCUACCCAUUGACAAGUACGAUAAUUUACGGCUCACAAUUUGGCAGCAGUCGAAUCGACGGUGACUAUCAAGAGAUCGGUGUUCGUUUCAGAUUCAACCAGACGCAGUUGAUUUUUACUUAAAACUAUGGAUGAUGAGGUGAUUAGUGGAGGCCAAAAUAACAAGAGAUCACCAAUGACCCUAAACGUUAGCGGGUUGUGGGACGUGGUGCCGCGAUUGGAUCAUUACAGAUUGAGUCGUCGUGCUAAGAGGCCAUCGCUGAGCACCCUGCACGAAGGAAAUCUUAUAAAGGAGCCGAAUAUAGAGGCUGGUCAAAUCGGAGUAACUCAGCAAGGACACACGGGAAUAAAACUAGGAUGGAUCCAGGGUGUCCUCAUACCAUGUCUGCUCAAUAUAUGGGGUGUAAUGCUUUUCCUGCGACUGUCAUGGGUAGUAGCACAGGCGGGCAUACUGCAGAGCAUCAUCAUAAUCGGAAUAUCGGCAGCUGUCUGCGUCAUCACAACGCUUAGCCUGAGCGCAAUUAGUACUAAUGGGGAAGUAAAGGGAGGUGGUAUAUAUUUCAUCAUAUCACGGACUCUGGGAGCGGAAUUUGGAGCCUCGGUAGGAAUCGUUUUUGCAUUUGCAAAUGCAGUUUCGGCAUCGAUGAAUACCAUUGGUUUCUGCGACUCCCUGAACGAUUUGUUACGAGAGCAUAACAUGCAAAUCAUUGACAAUGGGGUAAACGACGUUCGAAUCGUUGGAAUAAUCGCGUUGAUCGUUAUGAUCAUGAUUUGCGCGAUUGGAAUGGAAUGGGAGUCAAAGGCUCAAAACUUCCUUAUAGCCAUCAUCAUCGCAGCUAUUUUCGAUUUUCUGAUCGGUACUAUCAUAGGACCUAAGAACACGACGCAAGAAGCAUAUGGAUUUCUCGGAUUUUCCUCUGAAGUAUUCAUGAACAACCUGGGCCCGGAUUAUCGUUUUUCCGAGAACAGCAACCAAACGUUCUUCUCCGUGUUCGCCAUUUUCUUUCCAUCUGUAACGGGAAUUCAAGCUGGCGCCAAUAUCUCCGGCGAUUUAAAGGAUCCAGCGAGCAGCAUACCGAUCGGAACGCUUCUUGCGUUGCUAAUCUCGAUGCUCAGUUAUGUCACUUUUGUCUUCUUCGCUGGUGGAGCGGCCCUAAGGGAUGCCAGUGGGCUUGUCAGUGCAAAUGAUACCAUCGUAAACUGCAUUCCGAACGUCAACUGCACUUACGGAUUACACAACAGUUACUCGGUGAUGCAACUUAUGUCGGUAUGGGGUCCGUUGAUCUACGCCGGCUGUUUCGCGGCAACCCUCUCUACAGCGCUGACAAACUUGCUAUCGGUACCACGAUUGAUACAGGCGCUGGGACAAGACAGAAUUUAUCCCGGUUUGAUUUACUUUAGCAAAAGUUACGGGAAACACGGUGAACCUUAUCGUGGCUACGUGCUCACGUUCUUCGUAGCAGCGUUGUUCCUCCUGAUAGCAAACUUGAACGUGGUCGCGCCUCUAAUCUCAAACUUUUAUCUGGCAUCGUACGCGUUAAUUAAUUUUUGCACCUUUCACGCGGCGCUUAUUCGGCCGCUCGGAUGGCGACCCACAUUCAGGUAUUACAACACCUGGUUGUCUUUGUUCGGUUUUAUUACAUGUGUGUCCAUAAUGUUCCUCAUUGAUUGGGUGACUUCGCUGGUCACGUUUGUCAUCAUCUUCGCAUUGUAUCUGAUAGUGGUGUAUCGGAAACCAGACGUGAAUUGGGGUAGCAGCACGCAAGCACAAACCUACAAGACUGCGCUUUCUAUCGUUUAUCGAUUGAAUUCUAUCGACGAACAUGUCAAAAAUUAUGCUCCACAAAUUUUGGCACUGAGCGGAGCUCCUGGCGCCAGACCAGCGUUACUGCAUCUGGCAAAUCUCAUCACGAAAAACCAUUCGCUACUGAUUUCCUGUGAAAUACACCCAACUCGUUUAUCGUACCGUUUACGAUCGAUGCGACUGAGAAACGGUUACGCAUGGUUACACCAACAACGUAUAAAGUCGUUCUACCAUGUAGUGGAGGAUUUAAGCUUCGAGCGGGGUGCAUCAGCUUUGAUGCAAGCAACAGGUGUCGGCAAGCUGGCACCGAACGUUGUUUUAAUGGGUUACAAAACACACUGGUCAACGUGUAACCACAAGGAUCUGCAAGAAUAUUUCAAUGUUCUUCAUAACGCAUUCGAUCAGAAGUUAGCGGUAGCGAUGUUACGAAUUGCGGAGGGCUUAGAUUGUUCGGAAGUUGCAACCGCGAAUGGGGAUGACGAACAUGGUGUUUUAGCGCAAAGUAGCUACGAUUUGACUGGAAGCACUUUGAUGCACGUGGAUAGCAAUUUGUCAAUGUCCAGCCAAAUCCCAAGAGUGCAAAGCGUGCCAACAAUAGGGACGCAAUUCGUGCCGAUAGACGCUCCACAAAUUGUUAGAGAUUCGCCUACUCACGGAAGUGCUCGUGACCAUUUGAAGAACAAACGAAAACACGCGAUAGAAAAAUUAAUGGAGAAACGGCACGCAAUGAUACCGGUUCCUGAACGCUUAGCGAUUUUCCAAAGAAAGCACAAGAAUGGUACGAUCGACGUGUGGUGGUUGUACGACGACGGAGGUUUGACGAUUCUUCUUCCGUAUAUAAUCAGUACACGCUCAAAUUGGGAGCAUUGUAAAAUGCGAAUUUUCGCAUUGGCAAAUCAUAAACAAGAUAUAGUGGCCCAAGAGAAGGAAAUGGCCGAGAUAAUGGCAAAAUUCAGGAUAAGAUAUACCAGUUUGAAAAUGGUAGACGACAUAAGCGUUCAACCAAAGCAAGAAACGUUAGAUUUCUUCGAUAAACUUAUAUCUGACUUCCGAAAAAACGAGCCUGACGAUACAGAAUGUUGUGUAACAGAAAUUGAACUUCAGUCUUUGAAAGAUAAGACGUACCGACAACUCAGACUGCGAGAAUUAUUAUUGGAGAAUUCCAGUCAAUCCACGUUGGUCGUAAUGUCGUUGCCAAUGCCAAGAAAGGGAGCGGUUUCAGCCCCACUUUACAUGGCAUGGCUGGAAGCUUUAACUAAGGAUAUGCCACCAACGCUCUUGAUACGCGGAAAUCAUACUUCUGUCUUAACGUUUUACUCGUAGUUCACCGACAUUAUUCUUAAACAAUAAUAUAAUUUUAGUAUCUAGAUGAAUUUACGUUGAAUAACAUCAUGAAAACGUCUACGCAAUUAGCAAAGACAUCUUCUGAUGUGGACAGACAGUAUUCGGUAUAUUCAUGCCAAAAGUUAUAUAGAUACUACGAUCUGUUUUCGUUUUUAUACAGUAUUCAUUAAACGUCAAGCCCGGUGGUACUUGCUGACGAGAUUAUUUUAACGUAGAAAUGAAAGACAACAAUAUAUGGGACUAUCAAUAAAUAAUAGCCUCAUAACUUUGAUACUUAUAGGACUCUAGGACGCGCUAAUGAAGAAAUAUACACUACAACUAUUCUUAGAAUGUAUUGUACUUUGAAGCGUGGAGAUGUUUUAUUUAGUUAGCGAUCAAUGACUUUUAUAUGAUAAUAAACACGAUUAUCUUUAACAUAUAAUACAGUAGACAGAUAAAGUAGAAUUUAAAUUUUCAUUGAAUACGAUGGACUUCUUAAACAUGCAUUGAACUUAAUGACGUAUAACUAAAUAAUUUAAUAAUAGUAUGACGUACUUCGUAUGUUAACGUCUUUUUAACUGAUCUAAAUGUAUAGUAUUAUACUUAAGAAACGAAGGAGGAGAUAUUUCUUACUUCUCAUCAGUAAUAUAUUUUUUCAUUAUAGAACUAUGUACCUACUUAAGAAAAUUCUUGUUACUGAAAUUCUUGAUUCCAUAGAAAACUUAUAUAAAUGCUUAAAGAUACGAUUCACUUGUUUUUACAAAAGUAUUCUUUAUUUUAAAUAACACGAUACUUAAUAAUACAGUACUUAACUAUUAUUGAUCAUUAAUUAUUAUCGUUAUUACUGAUGCUCGAAUAGGAAAUAUUCUUUUUGUUUUCAUAUAACUUUUAGUUAUGUAUAAACAAAGUACAGAACAAAACUUAAUUGUGAAUUGUUUUAAAUCACGCCUCAUGGAUUAUUUAGUUGACACUAAAAUAAUGUAAACAAUUUUCAGUACUGAACAAGUUAUUAUUACACUUCAUUCUUUAAUUUCUAAAUUAAAUCAACGAUUCAUUUUGUAAACAUAAAUUCGAUAAUUUUUCUGUAUAAACUUGUAAAUGAAAAUUUGUUCACAGUAAAAUAUUGCUGAAAUGCACCAUUUGUAAAUAUAAAGAUAACUAAGAAAAGAAGAACAAUUAGUAGAAUUAAGUCUAUGAAAGCUUAUAAAAUGUUUUAUUUAUUUUGUAAUGCAUUUAAUGACAUUAAAAAGAUCUAUCAUUAGUUAUAAUAAAUUCAUGGUGAUUUUUGCA